UGUUAAGCAAGUAAAGGAGUUAAUAUUAUUUAAUUGGUUGGUACCGUUCUUCCAAUGAUAAGGUGGUCGGUCUUUCUUUUUGUUUGAAAUUAAAAACAUAUACUCUCUGUUGUUGGAGUUGCCAUUUGUCUCUCCUUCCUUCUUCAAACUGGAUUCAUAAUUCUCUAUUGCACCUCUGCUUGCUCUGGUAAUCUUCCCCACCUCCGAAAACCGUAUUUUGUAUUCCAUAAUAAUCAUAAUGUGCUUUUGAUUGAAAUUCAUUGUUAUCAGAAUAGAAGAUGAAAUAUUGCAUAAUCAUCGCCAAGACAAUUGUUUCCCAUUGAAAAAGAUAUCAAGCUGAUUUCAUUGUUGUGAAGAGACCAGAAGUGAGGUUCUUGUUCCCAACAAGUGCUGAUCUUGUCUUGUAACUUAGAAUGUAUCCCAACCAAGCAUUCUCUUCAGGGUCCUAUAUGGAUAUGUUCACCUCGAGUCCUUUGUUACCUUACAAUUACUACAAUGAAUCUGUAGCAGAACAAAAUGGAAUCAAGUUUAACAUGCCUAUAGGCGACACAGUGACUAUGCAAUCCAUUGAUGAGCAUUCCAAUGCUUACAACUCUCAUGUAGAUGAGCAAAGUAUACAAUGCCAAGAGUUAUCUCUUAGGCUCGGGACACUACUGCCUUCCAAUGCAUCUGUCCCUCCAUUUCAAUACCAGUAUAAUGACACCGGUUUUGUAUCACUGAUGAAUGCUUGUCGUCUUCCAAAGGGAACUACUAUAGCGAAUGAAGAUGAAUUGAAAAGUUCCGAAUGCAUGGAAAGCAUUUCUUCCAGAGGAUUUCAUGACACUAUCAAAAGGGACUGUUUUCGCAACCCUCACUCCUCAGAUCAAUGCCUUCCGGGCUCACAAGGUUUUUCUAACAUUUUCCUAAACACUCAAUAUCUUAAGGCUAUACAGGAGUUACUUGAUGAGAUAGUUAAUGUCCGAAAGCAACGUGGAAUGGAAAAGCAAGAAACAAUCCGCAACAUUGGAUUGGAUAAUCCCAAAGAUAGUGAUGGAAAAUCUAUUAGUCAGUCUAUGCAAAUAACUUCAGGGGGACCUAAUGAUCCUAAUUCCAAUCCUUCUUGUGAAAUAUCCUCAGCCGAAAGACAGAAUUUGUUGGAUAAGAAGACAAAGCUUUUGUCCAUGUUGGAUGAGGUAGACAAGAGAUACAGACAGUACUGCCAUCGGAUGCAAAUUGUGGUGUCAUCUUUGGACAUGGUUGCUGGGGGUGGAGCAGCAGAGCCAUAUACUACACUUGCAUUGCGAACAAUUUCGCGUCAGUUUCGCUGCUUGCGCGAUGCUAUCAGCAACCAAGUUCAAGUGAUUCAAAGGAACCUUGGGGAACAAGAAGGAAUACCUCGUCUCCGGUACGUGGACCAACAGCUUAGGCAACAAAAGGCACUUCAGCAUCUUGGUGUUAUGCGACAAGCUUGGAGACCUCAGAGAGGACUUCCCGAAAACUCUGUUUCAAUACUUCGUGCUUGGCUCUUUGAACAUUUUCUUAAUCCUUACCCCAAGGAUUCAGAGAAAAUAAUGCUAGCUAGGCAAACUGGUUUGACAAGGAAUCAGGUGGCAAAUUGGUUCAUUAAUGCACGUGUGCGUCUUUGGAAACCAAUGGUUGAAGAAAUAUACAAAGAAGAGUUCGGUGGUUCUGAAAUGAACUGCAAUUUUUCAUCUGGAAAUACACUCCAAGGUAAUAAUAAAUUGGAAGAAGAGUCACAAGACAAUGUACAAAUUAUUGAUAGUGAUCAUAGUGUACAAAAAGCCUCUUCCACUAGAAAACAUGUAGAAAAAAAUGUGAUAGAUUGUGGAAAUGGAAAAUUGCAUGGUAACCAAAGGCUCAGCAUAAAAAGUGGCUUUUAUUCACAAAUAGAUUCUGAUUCUGCCACAUAUGAUUUAACAGAGUUGGGUAACUUUACAACUGUGGAGAGUGGUGGCCACAACAAUGUCUCUCUUGCAUUGGAGUUGAGAAACUGUGAAAGCGAUGGAUUAGCCACAUCUGAUGACGAUGCCAUUCAUAAAAGACAUAAUAAUAAUAAUAAUCAGACAUUGGUUUCUUCUUCACAGAGUACUGAUUUACUAGACUAUCAUUUCACAGAUUCAGGAAAGCAACAACACAUGUUUGGCAAUACUCAUCUGUUGCAUGAAUUUGUCGUAUGAAAAUCUACCAAAGAUAUUUUUCAUUUUUUACUAAAGGUAUCUUAUCUCUGAAAGGUGUACUUCCUCAAACCAUAUGCUGUUGUUUUUUAAUUCAUUCAUUCAUUCGCGUUGCCCUCAUUGUUCAUAAAAGUGAUGUAAUUCACAAACGUACAAAAUAUACAGAUAGGUAUAUAUAUGUGUUAGAUAUAUUCAUUUACUUAUUGUAAUAAUAAUAUUACAGAUGAUUGGUUCUAUUUUAUCUGCAGGCAAUUUUUUGCAAUGCAUUGAUGUUGAAUAAGAAA